UGCUAAGUUGUAUGAACUAAAAGUGUAUGUGUGAAUACUCCAUAAUAAAUCAGCUAUUGAUUGAUUGCUCCACAUUUAUCGAAAUGGCAAGAAAAGCUUAUACGACGAGUAGUUUACGACGAACAUCCAUUGAAUGUACUUACAUAGACAAAUUGAAACGAGCAAAACGAGUGGUGAAAUAACUCACAAAUAAAUUCAAAACAAUUUGAAUAACUACAAAAAAACAUUGCCUACGUAUGCGUAUGUGUGUGCCAAUGAAUGGAUAUAACUAUAAUAAAAAGGUAUAACUACACGGAGUUGUAAUCUGCUAACCAUUUUGACAACAGUCUCUGAGUAAAUAAAACAACACGGCAGAAAAUUCCUUAACGACAAAAUAAUGUAUUCUGCUCCCACUAAACAACCUCAUCCGAUUAAGAAUCGGACAAGUUUUAGAGAUAAAAUUCCAGCGCGUUUGGUUUUGUAUUUCCUAUCAUGGUCUGGGUUCCUGGUGUCCUUCAUGAUGCGCAAUGACAUGAACAUUGCGCUGGUUGCAAUGAUAUCCAAUAGCAAUGCGACAGAAUCGUUGAACAAUGAGCAUACUCCCAAGUUGAACUUGGGUGGCGCAAGUGACGAUCAAAUAUCUGGAAUUAAGUCUUGGAUCAUAGGUUCAUUCUUUUGGUGUUAUGUGCUCUCCCAAGUCGUGGGGGGCAUUGCUACUGAAGCUCUGGGAACUAAAUCCGUAUUUGGAUGGUCACAACUUGCAACUGCGUUAUGUAGUCUGCUAAUGCCUUUGGCCGCCGAAGUGCAUUAUGCGGUCGUGAUAGCUCUUCGUUCAAUUCAGGGCUUUGCUUCUGGAUUGACGUGGCCUGCCAUGUACGCCAUUGUUGGAUACUGGAUACCACUGGCGGAGCGUUCGCGUUUCAUGUCAAGCUUUCAAGGAUUCAGUAUUGGAAUAGGAUUAACGUAUCCGCUGUGCGGAUUUAUCAUUACCAAGUUCGGAUGGCCACCUGUGUUCUAUACAACUGGUUUAUUGGGUGUCAGUUGGUGCCUUCUAUGGUAUGCAUUGGCCUUCAACACGCCCAGGGAGCAUCCUCGCAUAACGAAGGAAGAACUCAACUAUAUUGAGCUGAAUGUGGGCGAGGAAGUAUUAAAUUCAGUUACCAUGAAAGUGCCAUGGAGGCAAAUCUUUUUGUCCCUACCGGUCUGGGCGAUUGGAAUAACAACCUUCGGUCGAAUAUUUGUGCAUUACGUGUUCAUAACGAGUGGACCCACAUUUAUGGAUUCCAUUCUCAAAUUCAAGGUUUCGACUAAUGGUAUUGUGUCUGGACUGCCUUUCCUCGGAUCCUACGUUUCCGCCGUGCUCUUUUGCUAUAUUGCUGACAAGCUGCUGUUGCACAAGAUUAUGACCUUAACCAAUGUGAGAAAAGUAUUUACGGCUCUCUCGCAAGUUGUUCCUGGACUGUUAAUUGCUGCCCUUGGUUACAUUGAUAAUAUUGGAGUUCUUCUGACAUUUUGGUUUAUUGCUGUUAUGUUGAUCACAGCAUCGUAUGCAGGUGCAAUGGCGAAUAUUAUUGAUCUCGCGCCGAAUUAUGGACACUCUGGAGCAGUCUUAGCAUUCUGUCAAACAAUUCAUAUGUCUGCAUCAUUCAUCUCGCCUUUAACCGUUGGAUACAUAGUUACGGACGAAAAAUCAAUCAGCCAGUGGCGCAUUAUAUUUGUGAUCUCAGGAAUCAUUGCUGUUGUGACUUAUAUUUUCUACCAAUUUUUUGCCACCGCUGAAAUACAGCCUUGGAAUGCUUUGCGACCUAUUAAUAAUCAGGAAGAUGAGGAGGCUAAAAUGGUACCGAGCGAAAAGGCUGAGAAGAAAUACAUUCCCAAAUCGACAUGAGCGCUGGAAUCACAUAACUAUUUGUACUAUAUACGGUUCUUGCGUUCUUAAUUAUAUUAUGUUGUUAAUGAAUUUGACUAGUUAAAAUUUGACAACUAUUAACAAAAGGGUGUAGAUACUGUUAACUAAUGGGAACAUUCUUUAACUCUUGUGAUAGACAUAGAUAUUUUCUUGUAAAUACAAAUAUAUAACAAUGUUUUCCUAAUUCUAGAACAUUAAAUAUCAA